AUGACACGCGAGAAUGAAGUAGCUUUUGGAGAAUGCGGGCUUGUCUUUAGUGGGUCGUCGGUUAGAAACAUCGGCCAGAAUCGGCAGCGGCAACUUUGCUUCGCACUUCAGGGCUAUGGAUUUCUCACCAGAUAUAUGAAGCAGGAACAGGGCAAAAAAUUAUCAUGGCGUCAUAACGUCUGCCUGCUGCUCUCAUUCUGUGGAGCCGAUUGCCACCGGCUUUAUGGACAUCCCCAGCAAACUCCGGCAGCGGUUAAAGCUCUCUCUGAAGCAGCGGCAUUGGCAGCAGCACAAACAGGUGACAACACACAGAUAGUCACAGAUGAGGACUGGAGUUCUCUCAAUGAGAAACCCUCUUCGAUACUGAACUCGGCCACUAUUGGACUCGAGGGCCCAUCGCCUAUACAGGAAGAGCCAUCUUUGAAUCCCACUAAUGCCAACUCAGGUGCGCCUGCAUCUGUGGAAGCUGCAAGUACCCAAGUUACUCUGAGAUCAUCGAGUUUUUCUCUUCAAACUAGGAGCAAGCGUUAUGACAGUUGCCAGAAGCACUUUAUGUCUCGGGCAUCACCAGGGGACUGCAAGCACGUUUAUACGUUAGAUUUUGAAGCUCAGAAUGAAGGGUUUGGGAAAUUUUUUGCUCGGCUGGCCCUGCUAGUAGGGGGUGCUGAUAUUGAAAAAGUUGUCCAAAUUGAACGUCAAGUUCAUCAGUAUAUACAGGCAAAAAAAAGCCGGUCUCUGUCAGGAAAUCGUCAGGUUACCCCGAAACAACGAGAAUUAAAGAAUUCUACCUUUGACGGCUCCAGAAUCCCGGCGUAUCCAGAUACUCCUGUAGAGUCACGUGGGGUUUCGUAUGGUAGUUCAGACCCCCAUCACUUACCGUCACACAACUUGAAGAUUGUCUUAGAGCCUCUGCUCCUGGACGGCACCCCAAUGGGGCCUUUUGACAAACUUCAAUACGAAGCCUUAGCCCCUGUCAUUCAAGUCUCUAUACCUCCCAAUUUCAAGGCUCUUGUCAAGCCGAUAGCAGAUCAGGAUUCCUCUUUGGCACAUUCGAGGCGGCUCAGAGGCACAGGCUCUAGUGGUAGCAGUGGUUCUUUGUCGGAGUCUGGCAACAAGUUUAUUUCUGCAGGAGCUUCCAUCAACACAGCUGCCCACUGCAAAGCAGCCGCUGCAUUCAUGUCGGAAAGGCCAGAGCUGCAAUGGCUACAAGAGCACGUCUUCUUUUUGCAUAGUCAAGGUUGA